AUGGUGCCCACCAGCACAUCUGAAGUCCCAACAGGUUUCUGCCUCUCCAGCAGCUGCUAUAAGAUCAGUAAAGCUUCCAACAGUGCUACGCUGGGACAGAACAUCUGGAAGUUCACGACCUGGAGCCACUAUGAGGAGGGCCCAUGGAAGCAUAUUCCAUUUUCAGCGGAAAACAAGUGGAGGUUACUAACUAUGAUGACUUUGCUCUUUGGGUCUGGAUUUGCUGCACCUUUCUUUACAGUAAGACACCAACUGCUUAAGAAGUAA